AUGAUACGGGUGCCGGACGCGCCCUCUUCGCUCGCCAUGAUACGGGUGCCGGACGCGCCCUCGUCGCUACGCUGGGCCCUCUUCGUAUGCUGCGCCCUACUCGCUACGCUGGUUGGGCUGGUUUGCAUUGCGUCAGAUCCAGCGUCGCUCGAGCGCGAAGCCGAGAACGGUGCGGCUGAGGACGGUGAGCACGGGCCGCCGGGUUGGGCCCUGGCCGCGCCACUCGCGUUCCUAGACUGGGCUCUGGCCGUGUACGCCACCCUCCUGGACGCCCCUCGCGCCGCCGCGUGCGUCCUCUCGCUUGGCCUCUGGUGCCCGCCCUCCUAUCCGGACGCUUCCUCGCUCGUCGUCGUGAAGGACUUUUGGAACAGCAAGCUCGGCCAGCUCACUAUCCACGCCGGGCAGCCGUGGGGAAGUGAGAAGGAGCGUGGUCCGCAGUUUAUCGCCAUCUCCGCCGACGCCGCGCCGCCGCCCGACACUGUGCCUGUCUAUGACUGGUGGAGCGCCCGGCAGCGCCAGCUCACCUUCCAUGCGGGCGAGCCGCGGCCGGGCGAGGAGAGGCACGCCGUGCAGUUCUUCGCGUACCCGGCGGACAGGUCGCCUCCGUGGGGCACGGUGGCGGUGUACGAGUUCUCCAACUCCAAGCUGCGCCACAUGACCGUCCAUCCGGGCGAGCCGUGGCCCGACGAGACGCGUGGCGAGAUGCUCUUCCACGCACUGCCACCUCCCGAGCAGCCGCACCGUGCACUGUCGAGCCUCGCCACCACUGACCGACAGCCAUCCAUCCUCGACCACCUCGCCUCGGACCUUCUCCUCCACAUCUUCCGCUGCGUGGUGGGCAACUCUCCCGACCCGCUUAUCCCACCAUGUGUCGCCGCCUUUGCGCUCACUGCCACGUGUCGUCGCCUGCAUGAAGUGCUGAGGCCAGCGCUGCGCCUGCUAAAAGGGAGAUACCUCGGCGUGGGCGCGCUAUGCCUCAAGCUCCAGCUGCGUCGCCGGCAGCUGCACGGUGCGACCCUUCUGCAGCCCCCCAAGGCUGGCAUGCCCCUCGCCGCGUCCGAUCUUGCCAGCCUGGGGCGUCUCAUUGAGGGCGGGUCGCUCGUCGCUCUCGAGGGGCUCAGCCUGUACAAGCAGCACGUGGGCGGGCCAGACAUGCAGCCCGUCAUCGAGGCGCUGGCCGUCGCUGCCAAGCGGAGGUCAUCUCUGCCGCGUCUCCGCGCGCUCAACCUAGGCGGCAACAGCCUGGGGGACGAGUUCUGCACCGGGUUCGCGACGGCCCUCUGCUCUGGCGCUGGCGCUACUGCAGCGCUGCCGGCUUUGACGAUCCUCGAUCUCUCCAGCAACAUGAUCACCAGCCAAGGGUUUGCGCUGAUUGUCCCCGCGCUCGGCGCGCUGGGAGGGCUUCGACUCCUGUCCCUCGCAAACAACGAGCUCGACGACACCGGGCUGCUGGCGCUGCUCGGUGCAGCGAGCAGCCCCGGCCUCCGGUCGCUGGAGGUGCUGCACCUCCACGGCAACGUCGGGAUCUCCGACGAAGGCGUCGAUGCGCUCGCCGCCGCUCUUCGCGCCGGAGGCCUCCCCGCGCUCAAAACGCUCGAGAUGCCGGAGCAACACGAGGAGCACCAGGCGAUCCUGAUUUCCUGCUCGGAGCGAAAGGUCCGGUGCUUCUUUUGGUGA